GAAGACGAUGAUGGAGGAAGAACGACAGAAUCAAGACAAAGAGAGAAAGAGAAGAGAAGAAGAACUUAAAAGAGAAAUAACAGAAGAAAAGAAACAUCAGAGAGAGAUACGAGACGAGAUGAGACGAGAACGAGAGACAUUCAAACAUGAAAUAGAGGAAAUGAGACAAGAAAAAGAGAAUGUGAAGAAAGAAAAGGAAAAACUGCAGAUCAAAUACGACACUGAAAUAGACAGACUGAUGAACAGAUUAGAGAAUGAAAGACAGAAUCAUGACACUGAGAGAAAGAGAAGAGAAGAAGAGUUUAAUGAGAGCAAAGAACGACAUAAAAGAGAAAUGAAAGAGAAAGAAGAGAGAGAGGAAAAGAUGUGUGAGGAGAUGAAGAAAGAACGAGAGGAAUGGGAGAAACAGAAACUAGAGGAAAAGAUGAGAAGAGAAGAAGAGGAUGAGAAAAGAAGAGAAAAAGAUGAACAGAUUCAGAGACUGAAAAGUAAAAUGGAGGGAAUAAUCAGAGAUAAAGAAAAAAUGAAGAUAAUGAUGGAGAAAGAACAACAGAAUCAUAAAGAGAGAGAGAUAAGAGAAGAAGAAGAUAAGAAAAGGACAGAGAGAGAAAAUCAGAACCGUGAUGAACAGAUUCAGAGACUUGAGAGUGAAAUGGAGGGAAUAAUCAGAGAGAAAGAGAAAAUAGAAGGAGAGAGACGAGAACAGCUAGAGGAUCUAGAGAAGAGACUGACAGAAGAAAGAAACAUGAGAGAAGAUCAACAAAAGACUUCUGAAGAAACACUGAGACUCCUUGAAGAACAGCAUGAAGAAGAACAGAAGAGAAGACAAGUGGAGUGGAGAGAGGAAUAUGAACGAGAGAAAGAGAAGAUGAUGAGGAAGAUCUGCUCUGAAACUGAUCCGUCACUACAGGUCUCAGCUUACAGGAAACUGGAGAGAAAAUACAGCAAGUGGUCCUGGAGUCUUCGCUGUGCCAUGAUGGAAACUGAGAACAAACUACACAACAAAAUAGAGAAUGAAGUGAUUCAUGAGGUUGAGGAAACUGAUCUUCAAACAGAACUGAAGAAGACAAGCGAAGAAGUGGAAAAAUCAAUGUCAGAGUUCUUUGAGAAAAACAUUGAUAAAUAUAUACUGAUUCAGUGGAAAACAUCAUUUGAAAUCAGAAUCAAAGAGCUUCAGGAGAACAUUGUGAGAGAAACAAACAGGAGAUUAAAUGAGAUUCUUCAGCAGCGAGACCUGAAGAAAAAGAUUGAUGAUCAGAUGAAACAUCAUGAAAACACUCUUUAUGAAAAGAGCAAAGAACUCGCCUUAAAACUCAACAACAAAACAAAUGAUGAAGAAACACUGAAGAAAGAGUUUGAUUUGUUCUGGAAACAGAGUGUGAUGAAGAUCAUCAGAGACACUCCUGCAAUCAGAGACAUUGAUGUAAUGAGAGAUGUGAGAGAGAUCCUCUGUGACCUCUAUGAAAGUGUUCCUGUAGAUCACUGGAGAGAGAGCAGAGAUAUUUUCACUGUGUUGAGUUAUUCAGAUUAUGUGAAGGUAAAGAGAUCCAGAGUAAAUAAUGCAUAUUCAUUAAAUGCCACCAGAUCAACUAAAAUGAUAUUGGGUAAUAUUCAAUCUAAAGAGGAUGAAACUCAAAUCAGAUCAUUAGUCACAGAUGUUUCUCAGCAGACAGACAGAAUGAUUCAGUCAUUUAACAUCUCAAAGAUGGGCUACAACAAAAGCUUCAUUCAACAACUCACAGAUUACAUCAAGAGGAGAGUAACAGAACAUGAGGAAGAACAAGUGAAAUAUGUGUUCAGGAAUGAAUUCUUCAUGGAUUUGGUUAUUUCCAUCUGUAAGAGAUCAAACAAGAUGAUCACUGACCAAUACAGACUGUUCAGAGAAGUUAAUGAUCCUGUAAUAUAUGCUGAGAAGAAGAGAGAAGAGUACUAUAGUAUUUUCCAGAAAUACUGUCAUGGAGCAACAUCAGCUGCUGUUUUUGGUGAGAUCAUCUGUCAGAAACUGAAAGAGUCCAUUGAGCAGAGCGUCUACAAGAAGACUGCCAGAGAUCUGACAGAUGAAAUGAUGAAAAACUGUGAAUCACUGAAUAGAAACAGAUCAAAUCUGGAGAAACACAUCCUGAAGACACUGGCAGAAGAGGAGGAUUUUGACAAAUACAUGGACUACAUUCAUAAACCCAGAGAUCACUUCAAGAGUUUCAUCAGAGAUGAAGUCAGUCGGUACAUCUCUGAUAAGUUCAGUGUCAGUGUUUUACCCAAGAUGAAGGAGAACAUUGAACUCCUGCAGCAGAAGAUCAUGAAAGCAGCACAUGAAUCUACUGAACAUGUUCAAGAGAACAGAGGAGAUGUUGGUUUGUGGUUGAAGAGUUUCACACAGCAGAUCUCAGAUGAGCUGAUCUUCUCUGAAAAAGACCUCAGUGGAGUCAAACAUGAUGAUCUUGAUGAUUUCAACCUCCUAGAAGAUGUGAUGAGACAAGAACUUACUGCUGUAAUGUAUGAGAUCAGCAGGAGAUUCAACACUGAGACAUUUCUAGUGAAACUGGACCUCAGGUUCAGGCCAGAUGAGCUUCUGAUUGAUCUCUUCUGUCAGUGCUGUUGGGUUCAGUGUCCGUUCUGUAAAGUCAUCUGCACCAACACCAUAGAAAACCAUGAUGGAGAUCACAGUGUUGCUUUCCACAGAGUGUGGGGAAUUAAUGGGUGGUUUAACAAGGGAACAACAAACUUGUCUAUUAACAUCUGCACAUCAGCAGUAGCAAGUGAUGGAUCUUUUUAUCCUAAAGGAUCAAGUGAUGCAGUCCUCUGUAGAGACUACAGAAGAGCAGGAGGAGUUUACGCCGACUGGAGCAUCAUUCCUGAUCUCUCUGAACUGCCCUACUGGAAGUGGUUUGUGUGCAGAUUCCAGAAAGAUCUGGAAAAAUACUUCAAUAAAAUAUUUGAGGGAAGUUGUGAGAUACCAGAUGAAUGGAGAGGAUACUCAAAACAGGACGCUAUUGAGAGUUUGGAUCGAUACAUGUAAUGGAGCAGAUGAAGACUGAGACUCUUGCGUCUCCUCUCAGAUUCAGAUCACAGUCAGAAAUGAGUUUCUCUGACAUUCAUCAAUGAAUCUGAGCUCAUCUACACCUCAGAAGAUCAGAGCUUCAUCAAAUACUCCAGAAGAGAUUCAGUUCCUCAUACAAGUGUCUGUCAGAUGAUCAAAACAACAUAUUUCUGAACAUAUGCCUCAUUGAUAAAGCUCAAAAUGAUUGAUGUAUCUUAUAGUUUAUCACUAAUCUAAACAGCUUAAUCUCUAUCAUGAACUGAAACAGAUCUGUGAUAAGGACAUUAAUGACAGACUGUUGAUGAAAUAUGAUUGAAGUGUGUGUUUGUUAAAGCUCAGUGCUGGAAUCAGACGAUGGAGGAAAGUGUGAGAAAUAAACAGAUGUGUGAAUCAAA